AUGAAGGGAAUCACACAGGACGUAAUUGCACUUACUGCAAACCAAAUGUUCCCAGAUGCGAUACAAGUACAUUAUGACGAGAAGAAAGGUUUGUUCUUCCCUGAGAAAGUUGGGGAAAAAUAUAGCAUCGUGGAAUUGUACAAAUCUCUUUAUGAAGGUGAUGAGAUAACCUUUGACUUGUGCAUUGGUUCGAAACCAUGCUUCAACAAAAAUAAGGACUUCACUAUUUCAACGAAGUCAUCUUUUGAACGUAAGUUAAAGUUCUAA